GCGGCGCCGCCGGGGCAGCCGCCGCCCCGCGCCUAUGGCGUCCGCGCUGGAGGACCCCGUCCUCAUCCGGCCCUUCCGCGGCCACAGAGCGGCGGUGACCGGCGUCGCCUUCAACGCGGGCGCCACGGGGUUGGCUACCUCUUCUUUGGAUAGGUUUCUUAUGAUAUGGAAGCUGAAGGCACAGUCUAGAGCGUUCCGAUUUGUAGGUCACGCAGCAGCUGUGACCAGCGUGCAGUUCUCACCAGAUGGACAACUAGUUGCUUCGGCUUCUCAGGAUCGUACUGUCAGACUGUGGAUUCCUUGUAUUCAUGGAGAAUCAUCAGUACUAAAAGGUCAUACGGCGCCUGUUCGUAGCGUGAGCUUCUCGCAUGAUGGCCACUUUCUAGUUUCAGCAUCCAAUGAUAAAUCAAUAAAAAUAUGGAGCGUUCACCGCCAACGCCUUUUCUUUUCUAUAUCCCAGCACACUCACUGGGUUCGCUGUGCCAAAUUUUCACCUGAUGGAAGAAUAAUAGCAUCUUGCAGUGAAGAUAAAACUGUUAAAAUAUGGGAUACAAGAAAUAAAACAUGUGUUGAUAGCUUCAUAGAUUAUGGAGGAUUUGCAAAUUUUGUGGACUUCAAUCCAAGUGGUACAUGUAUAGCUUCUGGAGGUUCCAAUCAUACAGUGAGACUGUGGGAUAUUCGAACGAACAAGCUACUACAGCAUUACAGAGUUCACACAGCAGGGGUUAACUGUGUGUCGUUCCAUCCUUCUGGUAACUAUCUCAUCACUGCUUCUACUGAUGGUACCCUUAAGAUUUUGGACCUCUUAGAAGGAAGGCUUAUUUACACACUUCAUGGACACAAGGGACCAGUUCUUUCUGUGGCUUUUUCAAAGGGUGGUGAAAAAUUUGCCUCAGGUGGAGCAGAUGCUCAGGUAUUUCUAUGGAAAACCAACUUUGAUUCAUUUGAUUAUAAAGAAGUUCUUAAACAACAUAUUAGAAGACUGCAUACUGAUGACCCUCCUCAUCUUCUUGAUAUUUACCCAAGGUCACCACAUCCCCAUAAUGAAAGAUUUCAGUCAGUUGAGGUCAACCCUAGUAUUGAUGUGGCUGAUACACAAACACUUGACCCACCUGUCAUAGAGAUAAAUUCCUCUUCAUCUUUCAAUACUCUGGAUGAUGUCAGCAGUGAAGACUCGCAAUAUCCCCCUGCUGCAGGCCUGGCUACAAGUCCCAAAAGGAAGCCAGAGAAUGAGAGUGAAGUAGCUAUGCGUAAUAUGGAGAAGCAAAGGGACAUCUCCCCAUCCCUAGGUCAUGCUUUGGAGCACAUAGUGGAGCAGCUGGAUGUUUUAACUCUAACUAUUUCAAUCCUGGAACAACGGCUUACUUUGACUGAAGAUAAAUUGAAAGAAUGCUUAGAAAAUCAGCAAAAAAUGUUUCUUCAGGGAAGACAGGGAGAAUAAAAGCUGCAGAUGAUCUGUACUGAUGAAUAUGUUCCAUAUAUUCUCA